AUGAAGGGCGACUCAAAGUUUGAGUUCACAAACGUAAAUUGCACUUCUAACCGAAAGGAAAUUGCCGAUUUUGAAUACUGCUAUCUAAAGUCGAUAAAUCGCAGCUAUAAAUAUAUUUCCGGAAAAAUUAAUAUCUAUGAAAUUCCACUCUAUAAGGUUACGAUUAAUUUAAUAAUGUGGAAAAGAUUGAAUGGAUACAAGCCCUUUCUGUACAACAUUACAGUGGAUUUCUGCAAAUUUCUUGACAAACCAAAAUCAAGUCCAGUUGGAAAAUUUGUAUAUGAUUCGUACAUGAACUAUUCAAACGUAAAUCAUUCCUGCCCUUAUAGUCACGAUGUAAUUUUGGAAAAGCUGCCUAUUUCGUUUUUGAAUCACCGAAUGACACAAAUUCUUCCUUUUCCCGAAGGCGAUUAUCUUUUUGAAUUUCGGUGGCUUCGUGGGAAAUCAAUUGUGGGCUGGGCUAAAGUUUUUUUUACUAUUUCAUAA